UCUACCAAAAUUUAUCUAAAAUCAUGUACGGUGUACAUAGUUCAUAGUUCAUGUUGUAUUAAAACUCUAGUCAGAAUACUCGUAUUUUUUUUUUGCUUUGAAUGUUUAUUGUUCAAUUGUCUCAUGUUAGAAUAAUGAUUUAAAGGAACUGUCAACGUAAUGUUAAAUGAUCCUCAAUUUAAACAGGAGCAGUCUGAUUCACAAUUAGGAACCGUUAAACCUUCAUCCGAGCAAGAAUGAUGUCUUCUAUCUCAAAAUUGAUCUAAGUGGCUUCUCUACAAAAGUGACUCUAUGUACUUGAGCGAAGACAAAUAAAAUUUUCCUAAUUCAACAUUUUUCACUGAAGUAAAACGAAACUAUCUUAUUCAGAGUUGAUUAGAUCAAGUUUUGAUUUGAUUUUAAGGAACUAAUGUAAAUCUGACAAAUCUUAAAAUGAAGAAUCGCUUGAAAAGAAGUGUACAGUCCCUUUAACUCCGAUAUAUUUUUAUUUCAGACGAAAAUGGGCAAAAAAGAAAAAAUGAAAGAAAAGAUGGUUUCUAGAAUUCCUCUUCCCUCAAACCCAAAAGUUGAGAAAGAAGAGGAAGAAGAACCCAAGUUAGAUCCUAUGAUGGAGAAAAUUUUAGAAAAUUUCAAGGAUCUGUGUGGAGUAAAGAAAGGCGGGCUCUGGGAGGAUUUUAUUAAAGUUUUAGUUCCAACAGUUAAACACCCAUCACAGUUCAGCGUGGAACUGGAUGCAGAGCUGGAUGAUGAUAAAUACAUGAAAGAAGAAAACAAUAUUAUUGUGCACACUAAACCAAACAUAGAUUCACAGGAGGACUUCAGUGCCGCAGCCCCGUCCGUUAUUAAAGAAAGAAUCGGAAAGAAUAAAGCUAAAUUGUUAAGAAAAGAAGAAAGGGAGAAAACUAAAGGUAAGGAUUGGUUUGGACUACCUGCCCUUGAGUUGACCGAUGAAAGACGACAGGAUCUUGAACUACUGCAGAUGAGAGGGGCUCUAGAUCCUAAACGAUUCUACAAAAAGAGUGAUUUGAAAAACCUUCCAAAAUAUUUCCAAAUCGGAACCGUUGUAGACUCUCCAUACGACUUCUACAGUGAUAGAAUACCUAAAAAGGACCGUAAGCGGACUAUGGUAGAUGAACUGCUAGCGGAUGCUGAGUUUAAGCGGUACAACAAGCGGAAGUAUGUUCAGAUUAUAGAGGACAAGGCCAGGAAGGAUAAACGGUUUAACAAGAAGAAGAAGAAGUCCUCAGCUUAAACCCACCACAGAUCAAAUAUUUUUUUAUUUUUAACUUUUUUCAGAAAA